GCCAGCCAUUCCUGGGGAGGACUGCCGGUCAGUCGGACGUCUGGCCUGUCGCUGGCGGAGAGGUCCCCGCUCUCCGGGAAGGCGACUGCAGCGGCAAAAUGAAGAUUUUCGUGGGUAACGUCGAUGGGGCGGAUACAACGCCGGAAGAGCUGGCAGCCCUUUUCGCGCCCUACGGCACGGUCAUGAGCUGCGCCGUCAUGAAACAGUUCGCCUUCGUGCACAUGCGCGAGAACGCGGGAGCGCUGCGCGCCAUCGAGGCCCUGCACGGCCACGAGCUGAGGCCGGGGCGCGCACUCGUGGUGGAGAUGUCGCGCCCAAGGCCUCUUAACACUUGGAAGAUUUUCGUGGGCAAUGUGUCGGCUGCAUGCACAAGCCAGGAAUUGCACAGCCUCUUCGAGCGCCGCGGACGCGUCAUUGAGUGUGACGUGGUAAAAGACUACGCGUUUGUUCACAUGGAGAAGGAAGCAGAUGCCAAAGCCGCCAUCGCGCAGCUCAACGGCAAAGAAGUGAAGGGCAAGCGCAUCAACGUGGAACUCUCAACCAAGGGUCAGAAGAAAGGGCCUGGCCUGGCUAUCCAGUCUGGGGACAAGACCAAGAAACCAGGGGCUGGGGAUACCGCAUUCCCUGGAACUGGUGGCUUCUCUGCCACCUUCGACUACCAGCAGGCUUUUGGCAACAGCACUGGUGGCUUUGAUGGGCAGGCCCGUCAGCCCACACCACCCUUCUUUGGUCGCGACCGCAGCCCCCUGCGCCGUUCACCUCCCCGAGCCUCUUAUGUGGCUCCUCUGACGGCCCAACCAGCCACCUACCGGGCCCAGCCCUCAGUGUCUCUGGGAGCUGCCUACAGGGCCCAGCCUUCUGCCUCUUUGGGUGUUGGCUAUCGGACUCAGCCCAUGACAGCCCAGGCAGCCUCUUACCGCGCUCAGCCCUCUGUUUCCCUUGGGGCCCCAUAUAGGGGCCAGCUGGCUAGCCCUAGUUCCCAGUCUGCUGCAGCUUCCUCGCUCGGCCCAUAUGGUGGAGCCCAGCCUUCAGCCUCGGCCCUCUCCUCCUAUGGGGGUCAGGCGGCUGCAGCUUCUUCGCUCAACUCCUAUGGAGCUCAGGGCUCCUCCCUUGCCUCCUAUGGUAAUCAGCCAUCCUCUUAUGGCGCCCAGGCUGCCUCUUCCUAUGGGGUUCGUGCGGCUGCUUCCUCCUACAACACCCAGGGUGCAGCUUCCUCUCUAAGUUCCUAUGGGGCUCAGGCAGCUUCCUAUGGGGCCCAGUCUGCAGCCUCUUCAUUAGCUUAUGGAGCCCAAGCAGCUUCUUACAAUGCCCAGCCCUCGGCCUCUUACAGUGCCCAGUCUGCCCCAUAUGCUGCACAACAGGCUGCUUCCUACUCUUCCCAGCCUGCUGCCUAUGUGGCACAGCCAGCUGCAGCUGCUGCCUAUGCCAGCCAGCCAGCCGCCUAUGCUGCACAAGCCACUACCCCAAUGGCUGGUUCUUAUGGGGCUCAACCGGUUGUCCAGACCCAGCUGAAUAAUUAUGUUGCUCAAGCAUCAAUGGGCCUGUCAGGCUCCUAUGGGGCUCAGUCAGCUGCUGCAGCCACUGGUUCCUACGGUGCCGCAGCUGCCUAUGGGGCCCAGCCGUCUGCCACCCUGGCAGCUCCUUACCGCACUCAGUCAUCAGCCUCAUUGGCUGCUUCCUAUGCUGCUCAGCAGCAUCCCCAGGCUGCUGCCUCCUACCGUGGCCAGCCGGGCAAUGCCUACGAUGGGGCAGGUCAGCCGUCUGCAGCCUACCUGUCCAUGUCCCAGGGGGCCGUUGCCAACGCCAACAGCACCCCGCCGCCCUAUGAGCGUACGCGCCUCUCCCCACCCCGGGCCAGCUACGACGAUCCCUACAAAAAGGCUGUCGCCAUGUCGAAAAGGUAUGGUUCCGACCGGCGUUUAGCCGAGCUCUCUGAUUACCGCCGUUUAUCAGAGUCGCAGCUUUCGUUCCGCCGCUCGCCGACAAAGUCCUCGCUGGAUUACCGUCGCCUGCCCGAUGCCCAUUCCGAUUACGCACGCUAUUCGGGCUCCUAUAAUGAUUACCUGCGGGCAGCUCAGAUGCACUCUGGCUACCAGCGCCGCAUGGCUCACCUCCCCCAUCUACCAGUCACUGCUGCGGCCGCCGCCAUUUUAGCGUUUUGUCAGAAGCGUCCGCGCCGCGAGGAAGAAGCGCUGCUGAAUUCUGUGCGGGUUCUGGAGAGUGUUCUGCUUGUUUUCGAGAUGGUGAAGCUGUUCAUUGGAAACCUGCCCAGGGAGGCCACAGAACAGGAGAUCCGCUCACUCUUUGAGCAGUAUGGAAAAGUGCUUGAAUGUGACAUCAUUAAGAACUAUGGCUUUGUGCACAUAGAAGACAAAACUGCAGCUGAGGAUGCCAUACGCAACCUGCAUCACUACAAGCUGCACGGAGUGAACAUCAAUGUGGAAGCUAGCAAGAAUAAGAGCAAAACCUCGACAAAGUUGCACGUGGGCAACAUCAGUCCCACCUGUACCAACAAAGAGCUUCGUGCCAAGUUUGAGGAGUAUGGUCCAGUUAUUGAAUGUGACAUCGUGAAAGAUUAUGCCUUCGUACAUAUGGAGCGGGCAGAGGAUGCAGUGGAGGCCAUCAGGGGCCUUGAUAACACAGAGUUUCAAGGCAAACGAAUGCACGUGCAGUUGUCCACCAGCCGGCUUAGGACUGCGCCCGGGAUGGGAGACCAGAGCGGCUGCUAUCGGUGCGGGAAAGAGGGGCACUGGUCCAAAGAGUGUCCAAUAGAUCGUUCGGGCCGCGUGGCAGACUUGACCGAGCAAUAUAAUGAGCAAUAUGGAGCAGUGCGUACGCCUUACACCAUGAGCUAUGGGGAUUCAUUGUAUUACAACAACGCAUACGGAGCGCUCGAUGCCUACUACAAGCGCUGCCGUGCUGCCCGGUCCUAUGACGCAGCGGCGGCCGUGGUCCUAGGAGGCAGGGGCGUGUCUACCGCCGCUGCAUAUAAUUAUGCAGAGCAGACCCUGUCCCAGCUGCCACAAGUCCAGAACACAGCCAUGACCAGUCACCACCUCACCUCCACCUCUCUCGAUCCCUACGAUAGACACCUGUUGCCGACCUCAGGAGCCGCUGCUGCUGCUGCAGCAGCCGCUGCUGCUGGUACUGCAGCUUCCUCUUCAUAUUACGGGCGGGAUCGGAGCCCCCUGCGUCGCGCUACAGCCCCCGUCCCUACUGUUGGAGAGGGCUACGGUUACGGGCAUGAGAGUGAGUUGUCCCAAGCUUCAGCAGCCGCGCGGAAUUCCCUGUACGACAUGGCCCGGUAUGAGCGGGAGCAGUAUGCGGAUCGGGCGCGGUACUCAGCCUUUUAAAGCUUGAGGUGGGAUGUGUGUGGGCUGAAAUUCCAAGCUGCAGUUGUGCAUGAGAAUACACCCUUCGUGGUACCCCAUCUCCGGGACAUUCUCGGCUGUGUGCGUUGAGUCCCUCAGGAACCGUGGACCUUAAUUUACCUUGCUAAGUUUGGACCCUUACCUGUCUCCUGCCCAUUUUCCUGUUCAUAUCCUUCAAUACUUCUGUAGCUUCCCAUUCAUGUUUUGUUUUCCCAGCAGGCCUCAUUGUGUGCAGAAACUGGUGGGGGCUAUAGUCUCCUUCCUGCCUCCUGCUUCCAGUGGGUGUUGGAUUUGGGAAUGACUUUGGUGAAGUGUCACUGCUCUUGGGUCUCUUUUUGGCCCAAAAGUAGACCUAUAGAAUUGGAUCACUUUUUUUUCUUUCCAGUGAAAUAAAUGGUUUUUCAACAUA